GCCCUUCUCGAAGCUCUGGCUGUAGCCCACCCUCCUGCUCAGAGAGCGCAUCUGCCCUUGGGGCCCGGAUUUUAGGGUUCGCUAGUGGCCUGGAGUGCUGUCUGUGGAAAUGGCUGUGGGUCCCUGCAGGCUGCCACAGCCCUGCCCCACCCACAGGUGUCCAGGUCCAGGCUAGAGGUGAGCAUGGCUGAGCAGGAGCCUACAGCUGAGCAGCUGGCGCAGAUUGCAGCUGAGAACGAGGAGGAUGAGCACUCGGUCAACUACAAGCCUCCGGCGCAGAAGAGUAUCCAGGAGAUCCAGGAGCUGGACAAGGAUGACGAGAGUCUGCGCAAGUACAAGGAGGCCCUGCUGGGCCGUGUGGCCGUCUCUGCAGAUCCCAACGUCCCCAACGUCAUCGUGACACGCCUGACCCUGGUGUGCAGCACUGCCCCAGGUCCCCUGGAGCUGGACCUGACAGGUGAUCUGGAGAGUUUCAAGAAGCAGUCCUUUGUGCUGAAGGAGGGUGUGGAAUACCGGAUAAAAAUCUCUUUCCGGGUGAACCGAGAGAUCGUGUCGGGCAUGAAGUACAUCCAGCACACGUACAGGAAAGGCGUGAAGAUUGACAAGACUGACUACAUGGUGGGGAGCUACGGGCCGCGGGCAGAGGAGUACGAGUUUCUGACUCCUGUGGAGGAGGCGCCCAAGGGCAUGCUGGCGCGGGGCAGCUACAACAUCAAGUCGCGCUUCACAGACGAUGACAAGACUGACCACCUGUCCUGGGAGUGGAGUCUCACCAUCAGGAAGGAGUGGAAGGACUGAGUCGCGGGCCGCGAGGCAGGCAGGGUGACGGCCAGCGGGCGGACGGAUGGACGUGCCCACCCCCACCCCCACCCCAUACCCCAUAAGUGCUGACGGGGCCUGUGCCCCCGCCGCCACUCCCUCCCUGGUCUGCCUCGGCCCUGUGCGGCCCUCCUGUGCCCGCAGGCCCCCAGCCUCUGCGGUGGUCUUGUGUCUUGUUGCUGCUUCUGCCCGUGCUGUGGGGGAGGGAGGUGCUGGCCCCCAGCCUCCACUGUCCUUUCUGCGUCCCCCAGGUUCUCUCCCCUGUCAUGCCCGAGGCCCUGGCCUUUAGAAGGGAGCACAGUGUCCUGCAGGGUCUCACGGGGCUCAGGUCCUCCUGAGCCCCUGCUGCUCCCCAGCCUGUUCAUCUGUUGCUGUCAGUGGCCAUCUAACCAUGAUGCCUUAACAUGUGGAACGUGCUGUGGGGGCCUCGCUAACCUCUAACUCCCCGUGUCUGCAUGAGCAUGUGGUCUCCCCGUCCCUGCCCCGUCCACAGUCCCGGUGACCCAGGGAGGUGUGGGGUGUGCUGCUGCUCCCCAGCUUGCCAGGGCCUGGUCAACCCUCCCCCUCCCCCCGGCUAGGGCUGUGGGGAUGGCUCCAGCAGACGGCCAGCUUCCUGUGGGGAGAGCCAAAUUGCCAAAACUCAAGUUGCCUCCAGUCCCAUCUGGGAGGCCGGGUGUCCUUGCCCUCUGCCUUCUCUGUCCCCAUGGGCAGCACUGAUCCACCCCCACCCCCCAAGGGCCCUCAUCGAACAAAGCCAGCGGCCGAGCCUUACUCGUCCUGCCUGGGCCCUGCCGGCCAGUCACGUGCCUGGCCUGUCUGUAUUUAUUGCCUCCACAUGUGCCGUCCUCUGGGCUGGCUGGCCUGCACCUCUGCCCCCAGGCUCUUGGUGCCACCAUCCCCAGGCAGGCCCCUCCCCGGCCCCAGCCAGGACAAACCGUGGGACCAAGUGCGCACAGAGUCCGGAGCCGUCUCCUGUGCCUCCCCCUCCCUGUCCCCGGUCUCCCAUGUAGUCUGCCAGGCUCAGGCCUCAGAACAGGCAGAGGAGCCUGUCCCUGCUUCUCCUCUCCUGACCGGGAAAUAAACGCCCCUGAAGGAGC